GCAGAUAGUUCUACUUAUAUCGGUUCUAAUCCAAGGGCUCUGGUUUGCCAGUUCAGCCAAAAUGGAGAUUGAGCUGGAUCGUUUCGAACAAACCGUGGGACACAAGCUACUCAACGCAAGUCUGUUGCGUGUUCGAAAGUUCAAUCGAACAGUUUCCGUUCUCGACGGAACGGCUGAGCUUUACCAGGACGUUGGAGAUGAGUACGAGUUUCAGAUACGCGCAGCCUUCAGCUCUAUGGGAAACCAGCAGUUCAACGAGUACCCUAUGAAACUCGCUCGGCAAAAAGCCUGCGAGGCGUUGAAUGGAGCGUACAAGGAGUAUCAGUCGCUGUUUCUUAACUACACCAACAUGCCAGCCAUCGGGGACGAUUGGUAUUGUCCGUUUGAGAAGAUGAUCAUGGAGGUGAGGAAUUUUGCUCCGGAUGCCGGGUGGGUUCCUAUGGUGGUACCGGCUGGCUAUUGGAGGUUGUCGUAUGACAUCUUUGGACCUGAUAAAGAACUGGCGUUCCAGGGAUCGGUCUAUUUGAGACUUAAACGAAACAUGGCAUAGCUUUACGAGAGACUUUUUUGU